AUGGAUUUUUGGAAAGUGGGGCUUCUUUGCCUUCUUUGGGCUGCUUCUGUUCUUGCAAUUGGGGCCGUAGAGCUGGGUCGACAUCAACCUACUGAGAGAAUUUCAGGUAGUGCUGGUGACGUGUUAGAAGAUGAUCCGGUGGGAAGGUUGAAAGUUUUUGUGUAUGAACUUCCAAGCAAAUAUAAUAAGAAAAUUCUGCAAAAGGACCCUAGAUGCCUCACUCAUAUGUUUGCUGCCGAGAUCUUUAUGCACCGGUUUCUCUUAUCUAGCCCUGUCCGAACCCUUAAUCCAGAAGAAGCUGAUUGGUUUUAUACCCCUGUAUACACCACCUGUGACUUGACACCAAAUGGCCUCCCUUUACCUUUCAAGUCACCAAGAAUGAUGCGAAGUGCCAUACAGCUUAUUUCUUCAAACUGGCCUUACUGGAACAGGACAGAAGGGGCAGAUCAUUUCUUUGUAACCCCUCAUGACUUUGGGGCAUGCUUCCAUUAUCAAGAAGAGAAAGCCAUAGAAAGAGGAAUUCUUCCAUUGCUGCAGCGUGCUACCUUGGUUCAAACAUUUGGACAGAGGAAUCAUGUGUGUCUGAAAGAGGGCUCAAUCACCAUUCCUCCAUAUGCCCCACCACAGAAAAUGCAUGCACACCUAAUUCCUGAAAAGACACCAAGGUCCAUUUUUGUUUACUUCCGAGGACUGUUUUAUGAUGUUGGAAAUGACCCUGAAGGUGGCUACUAUGCAAGAGGUGCAAGAGCAGCAGUGUGGGAGAACUUUAAGGACAAUCCACUGUUUGACAUCUCCACAGAGCAUCCAACAACAUACUACGAGGACAUGCAACGAGCCGUAUUCUGCUUGUGCCCACUUGGGUGGGCCCCUUGGAGCCCAAGGCUGGUUGAAGCUGUGAUAUUUGGCUGUAUCCCAGUGAUCAUUGCAGAUGAUAUUGUUCUUCCAUUUGCUGAUGCAAUCCCAUGGGAAGAGAUAGGUGUAUUUGUUGAUGAAAAAGAUGUACCUCAAUUAGACACUAUACUCACAUCUAUUCCACCAGAAGUUAUCUUGAGGAAACAGAGAUUGCUUGCCAACCCUUCCAUGAAGCAAGCUAUGCUCUUCCCUCAACCAGCACAACCGGGAGAUGCUUUCCAUCAAGUUUUGAAUGGCCUUGCCCGGAAACUGCCGCAUGACCGGAGGGUAUUCUUGAAACCAGGGGAGAAGGUCUUGAAUUGGACUGCUGGUCCGGUGGGGGACCUUAAACCUUGGUAG